AUGGCAAGCAUCAAAGCAGUGUUCCACUUUGAUACAGUGGCCAUUGGUCUUCGCGAAAUGUUUAAACGAGCGACAGAAAGAGAGGCGUUCAAAAAUAGUAAAUCUCUUGAAGAACAAAUUCACAAUUUGCAGAGCUUGUGCCCCGUUGCGACUUACGACGAAAUAACUCGAGUGUUGGAUAUCACAAAGGAAGUCAUUUCUUUGGACUCGUCGAAGACGGAAACUGCGGCGGAGAAUGACACAACAGUCACAACAGAUAACACUGAGACACUUGUCCUUAAAACAAAACAACAAGUAAUUGCGGAGAUAGUAUUACUUGCAGAGAGUCUUGCUGCACAAAGAGUUGCGAUAACAGAGAAUGCUAUCAUAUGUUACGUGGAGGAUUGUUGUGAUGGAGUCACGUUAAGCUUCGACGACAUCCCUCUCGACCUUCGAAAGACCAAAAUCAGUCGUGACCUUCCUGAGCCGACCAAUGACGUUCUCUGUGAUUUUUGUAAUGAACUUAAAAACAAAGUCGAGAACAUCAACCCGAGUUUUGUGUUUAAUGCAGACGAGUUUGGGUUCCAAGAGAAACGCGGUGAACGGUUCAUCAUGGCGUUUGGUGUUGGUGCGCCUCAGAAGAUGUUUCUGACACGAAAGAGCAAAGAGUCGAAUUUUUUUUGUUGUAUAUGUGCGGAUGGUCAAACGCUACCCCUCUACCAUGUUUCAGAAAAUGAAGAGGACAGGGACGAAGUUAUAACCAUGAAAAAGAAGAACGUAAAAAUCUGUGAAGACUGUACUAUUUGUAUCACACAGACGGUAUUUGAAAAAUGGGUUGCCUUCUUUUGUUCUCAACUGAAGGAAAAGAAGAACAAAAUGAAAUACACCGACAAGACGGUGUUGAUAUUACCAGAAGACUACAAGAAGUAUGGGAAAGGGUGUGACGCGACAUUCAAAGAGAACGCAGUCGAUCUGUUAUAUGUACCAGAAGUGGUCGACAGAAAAUUAUCGCCCAUCCACAGAAUUUUCAAUAAAAUGGAACAACUGAGUGGGAGGAAGAAGUAUACAACGAAGAAACAAACGAAGAACGAGGCAUAUGUUUCAAGUGUG